UUCCGGCUCCUGCUGGUACCGGAGGAGGGAGGAAAUAAGCCCGGAGAGGGGGCACCGGCGCUGCCCCGCCCGGCCCCCGCCUUCCUGCCCCCGCCCGGCCCCCCCGGCCCGGCCCCCCAGCACGGCGCCUCCGGGGCGGCAGCAGGUAUGUCAGAACACAGCAGUGAAUCCACAACACUUGAUGAAUCUCAUCCAGCUGCAGAAGAGGUCCAGUCUGACUCUGAGGAAAGUGCAAUGGCUCAGGAGUCUCCCAAAAAUUCAGCAGCAGAAAUACCUGUGACUAGCAAUGGACAGCUAGAAGAUUCUCAUGAGCACAGCUUUAAUAGGGACUUGAAGCAUUCGUUACCCGUUGGACUUGGACUUUCUGAAACCAAAAUAACAUGUCAUGGCUUUGACAGCACCAAAGAGGGAGUGGUUGAGGCAGAAAGAUUUGCAGGUAAAGGUUCCUCAGCAUCACCCAAAUCAUCUGUUAUAUCUCCUAGCAGUGCAGCAGCUAGCAGACUGGCUGGACAAGGUUGUGAUUUAAUUAUUCCCACAGGGAGCAGAUCUCAGCAGAAGAGUGGACCUGUUGUGUUAGCAGAUGAAGUAAAGAAUCCAGCAAUGGAGAAGUUGGAAUUGGUGAGAAAGUGGAGCCUAAACACUUACAAGUGUACACGUCAGAUCAUCUCUGAAAAACUGGGUCGUGGCUCAAGAACAGUAGAUCUGGAACUUGAAGCUCAGAUAGAUAUAUUGAGAGAUAAUAAAAAAAAAUACGAAAAUAUAUUAAGACUGGCACAGACGCUGUCCACGCAGCUCUUCCAGAUGGUACAUACCCAAAGGCAACUUGGAGAUGCGUUUGCUGACCUGAGUUUGAAGUCAUUGGAACUUCAUGAGGAGUUUGGCUACAAUGCAGAUACGCAGAAGCUUCUAGCUAAAAAUGGAGAAACUCUUCUCGGGGCUAUUAACUUUUUUAUUGCCAGUGUGAAUACACUGGUGAAUAAAACAAUUGAGGAUACACUAUUGACUGUGAAACAGUAUGAAAGUGCCAGGAUUGAAUAUGAUGCCUAUCGAACAGACCUAGAAGAGCUGAAUCUUGGCCCUCGUGAUGCAAACACUUUGCCAAAGAUUGAGCAAUCACAGCAACUGUUUCAAGUGCAUAAAGAGAAGUAUGACAAAAUGCGUAAUGAUGUAUCUAUCAAAUUGAAGUUUUUGGAAGAAAAUAAGGUUAAGGUGUUGCACAAUCAGCUUGUUCUGUUCCACAAUGCCAUUGCGGCAUACUUUGCUGGGAAUCAAAAGCAGCUUGAACAGACACUUAAACAGUUCCACAUCAAAUUGAAAAUUCCUGGAGCAGAUACCCCAUCCUGGCUUGAAGAACAGUAAUCGGAUCAAAGAGGAGGACCCAAUGUUAACUUAAAAUCUUUAACUCUGAUAAUAACGAAGAGUUGGGGUUGAAGGACUGUUGUAGUGAUUCUUGCACAGACAGCUUUACUUAUUUUCCCCCUUUUAUAAUACUGUAAGACUUAAUUUGGUGGGAAUGUGGGUGAUUAAGUUAACCAAACAUAAUUUCCAUGAUUUUAAAUAUAUGGCACUCCUUUUGUAUGCAGAGGUUGGUGGUUAUUUCUGUAACUAGGAUGGGGGGCAGGGGGAGGGAGGGUAAAGAAAACUAUUAUAGAUUUGCACUGACAAAUUAUGUUUGUGAUUUCUGGUCAUUUUGGUGGCUAGUCAAAAUAUUUCCAAAUGGAGGUUUACAUUAUUUGUACCAACAUCUGGUAUUUUAUAGAUUAAUAUAGAAAACAUCUUUAGUAAUUUUCAAAUUACCUUUAAAAAUGAGAGAGUUAAAAGAAUAUUUUGCAGAUGAAUAUUAAAAGGCCUUUAUGUGAUAUCUGCAUAUAAGGCAACAGUAGGAGACGGCUCAUUGACUAGUUUGUCAUUGCAGCAAAUUGCAGCAAAUGCCAUUUUAAAAGAUGUACCUUUCUAUUAUAGGUUUAAAAAAAAAAGAAAAACACUAAAGCAAGAAUCACUGUCAGUCUGAGGCUUCAAAGCACACUUUUUUGCUUUGCACCAAGUGGUUUGCUGAGUGAGGCCAACCAUGCAAUGUACUAAUUUCAUUUAAAAUUUUAUUUUUUCUGAAACAAAUACCAUACUAGCCUUAAAUCACAGGUAUGUGCCUUUUUAUAAGAUGAUAUUUUCAACCAGUGUACAUAAUCCAAAAAACUUUCACAGAAUUGUUUGUUCAUUCCCAGCAAGGGAAAGGAGACUGUGUAAAUGCUGUUCAUCUGUACACUUAGAGCAAGUUAAACCUUCAGUUAAUCUUUGUGGACAGGUAUGAUUUUGAGAGAGGAAAUCAGGCCAGUAUGUUUUUUCUAUUUAAUUGAAAAGCAUACUUCAGUAAUGGGAAUAAUGUGGAGGAUACUCUUUUUUAAUUUCUCCAUCAGUCAUGUAGUCCUUAAGUGUAAAAUUCUAUGUCAAUUUUAUCAGACAUUUUAAAUUCAAUAUAUUUGAGUCCUCAUUUGCACAUGUUAUGUUGCUUUGUGUUCUGUUAAGUAAAAUGAAGUACUUCAAAUAUGUUAUUUACAGCAGUGUGGAUUGUAUGAUUUAUGUACUGUAUGUUCCAAUGCCUUUCAGCUGACGUUCUUAAAAUUUUCAGUGCUUAACACAAUUGUAAUGUAACUGUAAAUCAAACUUUUUAAUCAUUCCUCAUUAAAUUCUUGGCCUGACAGAGCCUUCUUUAUGUUUUUGUUCUGUCAGAAUCUCUUGUAAUAGUUCAUUUACGUUCCCCAGAAUGUAUAUCCUAUGUGAAUUUUGUAUUCAUAUUAAAGGUGUUUGCAGUCAAA